AUGGCCACGACGGAGAAGAAGCAAACCGCGGUGCUUCUGAAUCAGUUGAUGGCGUUCGCUACCGUGUCCAACAUUGUGAGUAGCGGCUUGUUCCAGACAAGCUCAUACCAGUCUCUACAAAGCGAUGCACGCAUGUUCUUGGCAUCCGCCAGCGGAGUGGCAGAUUUUGCGCAAGGCUCCGCAGGCGGAGCCAUGUCCAAGGAUUGUCUUUUGAGCCAACUCGGAUUGUCCGGGUCCUUGUGGGCAACGCACCUUGCUUCUACCAUCAUUCCCGUCCUGCUCAUGAUGGGUCUGGCCUUAACCCGAAAUCCGGGACUGUCUCUUGUUGUGGGAACCAAUGUGUUCCUUCCAGGUUUUACGGCGGCCUUUGGCAAGUACCUCAUCGCCUUUCGCUUGAAGCCGGAAGAGCAGAAUGGUCAGGUGCUUAUGCCUUUCAGGCUUGGCAUCGGCCUCGAUUCUGAUUUGGUGAUUGUUCCAGUGAUCAUUUCGCUCUGCUUUGUAGUGGGGGUGCUUGGGUGGCUUCAAGCAGCCCACGUCAAAGCCGACAGCAACGGCAAAGUGCCAAACUAUGUCUUAUACCUCACCCAGUCGUAUAAGCCAGAAUGCAGUGUGUGGGAAAUUGAGCGCUUGGUUCGGAAGAUGCUCCUAUCCCUGACCACGCAAGUAUUACCCGUGACAUAUUCGCCGGCCAGUCAGAUGCAGCUGGUGUCCGUGAUCCUUCUCGCAGCCUUGCUACUACAUUUUCGCUACAAGCCUUACAAGAAUGAGUCGUGGAACACUAUCGAGGUGGCACUUUUGGCAACAGGGCUCCUCCUCAGUGGAGUCACGACGACCUUAAUCGCCAACGACUUGCACUGGGCCCGUACUGCCAGAACAGGUAUCGUCUUGAUGAUGUUCGUGUUCCUGCUGGUCACAGUCAUUUGUGGGACGAUGAUUGUCCUCGUCAUGUUGAACAUGUACUGGGAACGCCAAGCAGCAAGAUCAGUUGACUCUGGAGAUGCAGAGCGUCAAGGAGGCAAAGAACUCCCGCAUGAUGAAGUGAGGGCCGAGGCUGCUGAGAUGGAACAAUGA